AUAUGCCAAACGCAAUUUGAACGCAUUCUUAAAUUUCUCAUUUAUAUAUAUAUGACUGGAUGUACAUACAACAUAUAUAGAUACAUAAAAAACCAGCUGAUACAAUGGGCUACGAUGACGUCAUUAAUUAUCUAGGCGACUUCGGCAAAUAUCAAAAACAAAUUUAUUUUCUACUCUGUUUACCCGCCAUUUCAUGCGCAUUCCAUAAGCUCGCAGGUGUCUUCCUUUUGGCGCGCCCAGAAUUUCGCUGUGUGUUGCCAUUCGAGAAUAAUUUGAAUGUAACUUACGAUUCUUUUCCGGCAUUGUAUUGGAAUCUCACUUAUCCGUACGACGCAAUUACUGGCAAAUUCCAAAAAUGCGAGUACUAUAAUGUCGAUUAUACAACGGACUAUCUGGAAUCAGCAAUGUGGCCGGCGACCGAAAAUGGCACUACCAAAUGUAGUCACUAUGUCUACGACCGCUCCAAAUAUGCGAACAGCGCCGUAACUGAAUGGGAUAUGGUGUGUGCUCGUGGCUUGUUGACAGCCACCAGUGAUAGCCUCUUCAUGUUUGGUGUGCUGCUGGGCAGUAUUGUAUUCGGCCAGAUGUCAGACAAGUAUGGGCGAAAACCGAUUUUCUUCGCUUCUUUGGUCAUACAAGUCGUCUUUGGCGUGCUGGCUGGGGUUGCUCCUGAGUACUUUACCUACACGAUUUCACGUAUGGUUGUUGGCGCAACAACAUCCGGUGUCUUUCUGGUGGCGUAUGUCAUUGCUAUGGAAAUGGUGGGCUCCUCGUAUCGCCUCUUCGCCGGGGUGGCCAUGCAAAUGUUCUUCUCAGUUGGAUUCAUGUUGACAGCGGGCUUUGCUUACUUCAUUCACGACUGGCGUUGGCUACAAAUAGCACUCACUCUUCCUGGGUUACUUUUCAUGUGUUAUCAUUGGGUCAUUCCGGAAUCGGCCAGGUGGCUGCUCUCCAAGGGUAGAAAGGAGGAGGCAAUCUUUAUUAUUGAGAAGGCCGCACAUAUAAAUCGAGUGAACAUACCUAGUGAGGUCUACGACAAUCUAAUUGAGGAAGCAGCAGAAAGAGAGAAAAAAGAAAAGAACCACUCACCCGGCAGCGCUGAAGAGAAAGCACCAACUGUUUUCGAUCUUCUUAGGUAUCCAAAUUUGAGACGAAAAACACUGCUAAUUCUCUUCGAUUGGUUUGUUAACAGUGGUGUCUACUAUGGUCUAUCAUGGAACACAAACAAUCUCGGCGGCAAUGUACUUCUUAACUUUAUGAUUUCGGGAGCUGUCGAGAUUCCAGGAUACUCAUUCCUCCUGUUCACACUUAAUCGCUGGGGUCGACGCACAAUUCUUUGUGGCUGUAUGCUGGUUGCUGGUAUUGCUCUACUGCUGACCAUAGCUGUACCUGCCGAUAAGAACUGGAUCAUUAUUACUUUUGCUAUGGUCGGCAAAUUGGCUAUUACCGCCUCGUAUGGCACCAUAUACAUUUUCUCAGCGGAACAAUUUCCUACAGUGGUGCGCAAUGUUGGCUUGGGAGCCUCGUCCAUGGUGGCGCGAGUGGGCGGUAUUUUAGCGCCUUACCUAAAUUUACUCGGCGAAGUAUGGCGUCCUUUGCCUUUGGUUAUAUGUGGCGCCUUGGCUUUCCUUGCUGGUCUCUUGUCGUUGAUGCUGCCGGAGACGCUCAACAAACCAAUGCCAGAAACGAUUGCAGAUGGUGAGCUUUUCGGAAAGCGCACUCGAAACGAUGACGUUGCUGAAGCUGGCGGAGAGGAGCUGACAAGAAUCGUGCCACAAGAGAAGACAAAUAGCGCCACAAAUGGGAAUGCUAAAUGAUGAUGAUAUUGCCAAAGUUUUCCUAUGCAUUAUUGAAUUUGUAGCACAUCUUUAUUUAAAUAAGUUAAAUCUUUUAGAUAUACAUAUCGUUACCCUAAUAUAGAAAGGCUCUAUCUAAAAUUCUUAUUUUAACUUUCACGCAUUUUGUGGGAUAAAGGAAAAAGUGCUUACCAAAAUUAUCUCAUUUACAAUGUAUAGGAUACUUUUCAUCUCAAAACUAUUUUCGAAUAUAAUGUAUUUCGACUUAAUCAUUAUUAUGACCCACCGAUGAAAUAUUAGCUUACAUGAAUUUUGUCAUUAUUUACCGUUUCUAUGUUCAAUAUGUAAUCAAACCCUCUUAUUUGAUACUGCAUGACCAAGGCUAAAAUCUAGGUUUAUAUGGUACAGUAAACCGUAUCACAAAAUUAUGUUCAAAUUGUUCCAAUCGAUUUUGAACACUUGCAAUAAAAGUGCUUCAGGAGUAUACAAAUUUUUUUCGUCAACGUACUAAAACGGCCCUAAUAAUAAAGGUUAAAAAUUCUGAAAACUAUCUAUAAGCAAAUAUAAUUACUCUACCAAGGGCGAUUACAUUAUCAUUGUGAUACAUACGGUUUAUUGUACAUACAUACAUACAUAUCGUCGUUUAAAGUGCAAAACC